AUGCUAUCCCAAGCCGCAGUCCGCGUUUCCGCAAUGACCUCGAGGGUCGCCCUUCGCCGGGGAUUCCACUCAACCCGCUCCCAAAUGUCAUCACCAUACCAUUACCCCGAGGGUCCUCGAAGCAACCUCCCAUUCAACCCAUUGACAAAGUACUUUGCGGUCAGAUACUGGACUUUCAUGACAGUUGGCUUCGCUGCUCCUUUCGGUAUUUGCGUCUGGCAGACAAAGAAGAACCAGGGAUAG